CAUCAUGGCCAGCCCCAGGACCAGGAAGGUGCUCAAGGAAGUCAGGGUGCAGGAGGACAACAACGUGUGUUUUGAGUGUGGUGCGUUCAACCCUCAGUGGGUGAGUGUGACCUACGGAAUCUGGAUCUGCCUGGAGUGCUCAGGGAAGCACCGCGGGCUCGGCGUGCACCUCAGCUUCGUGCGCUCUGUCACUAUGGACAAGUGGAAGGACAUUGAGCUUGAGAAGAUGAAAGCUGGUGGGAAUGCUAAGUUCAGACAGUUCCUGGCGUCGCAAGAGGACUAUGACCCCUGCUGGUCCCUGCAGGACAAGUACAACAGCAAAGCGGCCGCCCUCUUCAGGGACAAGGUGGCAGCUCUGGCUGAAGGCAGAGAAUGGUCUUUGGAGUCAUCGCCUGCACAGAACUGGACCCCGCCGCAGUCCAAGACGCUGCCAUCCACUGCCUACCGGGCCUCUGGCCAGCCGCAGAGCUCGACUGCCUCCUCGGACAAGGCCUUUGAGGACUGGCUGAACGAAGACCUCAGCUCCUACCAAGGGGCCCCGGAGAGCCGCUACGUGGGGUUUGGAAACACGGUGCCGCCUGCGAAGAAGGAGGACGACUUCCUCAACAGCGCCAUGUCGUCCCUGUACUCGGGCUGGAGCAGCCUCACCACCGGAGCCAGCAGGUUUGCCUCAGCAGCUAAAGAGGGUGCUACAAGGUUUGGAUCCCAGGCAACUCAGAAGCCUGGGUGCUGGGCAGCCACGCGGCCACCGGCAGAGCCCUCGCAUCAAGAAGGAGCAGGCGGCAGGCGGCUCCACUGGGCGGGAGGAGGCUCAGCGUCACUGAGGCGAGGCUGUGUCUGCGAGCCAGCCUCCUUGGGCCCCUCGGGCUGGCGUCUGUCCCGUGUCCCUGGCAUCAGAGCUGGGCCACAGUCUGAACGAGAAUGUCCUCAAACCUGCCCAGGAGAAGGCCCCUGGAGGACCAGAGCUACCAGAACAGCGGAGGGGACAACUCCCAGAACAGCGCCAUCGACCAGAGCUUCUGGGAGGCCUUCGGGAGCACUGACCCCGCCAAGGCCCACAGGUCCCCGAGCAGUGACAGCUGGACGUGCGCUGAUGCCUCGGCCGAGAAGCGGAGCUCAGACAGCUGGGACGUUUGGGGCUCGGCCUCCACAUCCAACCAUAAGAACAGUGACAACAGCGAUGGCGGGGAGGCCUGGGGGGGCGGUGGGGAGGGCCGGCCCAAGACCACCAGGAAGGCAGCCCCGAAGGCCGCUCAGGUGGACGAGGGCUGGGACAACCACAACUGGUAGGCGUGCCGUGCCCGGCCCCGACCGCCGGCAGCCACUGUGUCUGCACUUUGCCCUCUUCCAGCACCUUCCACUUGAGCAGAAACCCGGCCGCGGCGUGGAGACAGGGUCUUGGGCGGGACUCUGGGACCCCAUGGCUGCAGGGGUUAGAGGCCGGCUGCUGUCCUGCUCCGACCUCCCCAUCUCCCCCUCCUGUUCCGGGUGCCAUGGCGGGCCGGAGCUGGCUGCUGUGGGAGCCGCCACACGCACUAAUAAACCCUCCGGGGCUGCCUGGGGUCGUGAGUGUUGCUCUGGGUCUAACUUCCUGCCUGUGUUCGCUGCAGUUCUCUCUUUUCGGAGAAAAUGCCCAAAGUUUUAGAGACAAAUACCAAAA